AUGCAAGUAUUCUCCUGCAAAGUGGAUGGACUAAACCCCAAGACGUGGUGCCUCCUCAUGCUGCUCUGCUCCCAAGGAAUUGACUUUUUAGCAGGAUUCACAACACCCUCCACUCUGAAUUCAGACAAAAACCAGUACAGGAAGACUCGCAACCCCAAAUGUUUGAUGAACAUUGGUGAAAUUAUCAGAUAUCAUGGAUACUCCAGCGAGGAAUAUCAAGUUACUACGGAGGAUGGAUACAUUCAUGGUGUUUUCAGAAUUGCUGCAGGGAGGAAAAGCCAGAAUACAUACAGCAUAAGAAAACCCUCUUCUACAGGGAAAACCCUGCUACACCUCGGUACUUCAGAUUUUGUUCACUGGAUUUCUACACCCAACAACAGCCUAGGCUUCAUCCUCACAGAUGCCGGCUAUGAUGUCUGGAUGGGAAACAGCCGAGGAGACACACAGGCUUUAAAAUACAAGACCCUUAAUCCCAGACAGAAAGAGUUCUGGCAGUUCAGCUUUGAGGAAAUGGGUAAGUAUGAUAUUCCGGCAGAGCUGUACUUCAUCAUGAAUAAAACUGGACAGAAGGGUGUAUAUUAUGCCGGUCACUCAGAGGCUUCAGCUGCAGGUAACAUCAGGACUAUCUGGUUACUACUUGGCUGCAAAGGAGCUCUUCACCAGAAUGAACUGCAGAAAGGGCCUCUAACAUGGAUCUAUGGAUCUCCAGGAAAAGUUUGCGGUUUCUUCUGCUACAUAGCUGGGGACAAAAUGCAAAAUCUGAACACAAGUCGAAUAGAUACCUAUGUAGGACAUUUCCCUGCUGGAACAUCAGUACAGAACAUUAUUCAUUGGCAACAGUUAACACAUGCAGACCAAUUUCAAGCUUCUGACUACAGCUCUAAGGAAAACAUGAAGAAAUACAACCAGUCUACUCCUCCUGUGUACAAGAUAGAGAAGAUAAGCACACCAAUUGCUGUUUGGAGCGGUGGACAUGACACAUUUGCAAAUCCAAAAGACAUGGCAAAGCUACUUCCUCGGAUUACUAAUCUCAUUUACCAUGAGCAUUUUCCUGUUUGGGGACAUCUUGAUUUCAACUGGGGCCUUGAUGCAACUGGGAAAAUGUAUCGGAAAAUCAUUGAACUAAUAACAAAACACACUUAA